AUGACAGAAGAACACAAGUAUCAAACGGUCCAAGUGGCCGAAAUCACCGAACUCUCGGAAAAGAAAGCUGAAGAAAUACAAAAAGUCGGUAACGUGGAACUUGAACAUCACGAACAUGUGCAAGUUUCAGAUGAUAUACCACCAGAGUUGGAGGAGUUACUUCAUACUGACCCGAGUAAGGGUUUGACCACCGCUGAAGCUCAAGCUCGUCUGGAAAAGUUUGGACGUAAUGAGCUGGCAGAAGUCAAAACUAACCCUUUCUUGAAGUUUUUGUCAUAUUUCACUGGUGCGAUAGCGUAUCUGAUCGAGCUUGCGUGUCUCUUUGCUGGUAUUGUCAAGGACUGGCUGGAUUUCGGCAUUAUUCUUGCUCUACUUUUUGUCAACGCAUUCAUUGGUUUCAUCGAAGAAGCUCGUGCCGAAUCUGCAUUAGACGCACUCAAACAAACACUCGCACAAAAAGCCAAAGUAUGGCGAGACGGUCACUUUGUAGAUCUUGACGUGUCAGAACUUGUGCCCGGUGACGUGAUUGGUCUUCGUCUCGGCGACAUCGUUCCGGCUGACGCUCGUCUUUUAGGUAUAAACGUGACGGGUGGUGAAACAGAAGGUCACUUAUCAAUUGAUCAGUCUGCGUUGACCGGUGAAUCGUUGCCCGUUGAGAAGAAAAAAGGAGACACUGUUUAUUCGUCUUCGAUUGUUAAACAAGGUCAAAUGUUGGCUGUUGUCACAAAAACAGGAUCAAAUACUUUCAUUGGUCGUGCUGCUAAUUUGAUUUCAAUCACUGUCGAACAAGGACACUUCCAAAAAGUUGUCAAUCAAAUCGGAAAUUUCUUAAUUCUCAUUACUACAGUGCUCGUUUCCAUCAUCUUCAUUUAUCAAAUGGUGAAAUUCCGUGGUACAGAAAAAGGUGAGGUUCUCAAGGUACUCCAAACCGUACUAGUUUUAACUAUUGCUGCUAUUCCGGUGGGUCUGCCAACCGUCUUGUCUGUCACUAUGGCUGUCGGUGCUAAACAAUUAGCCGCGAAAAAAGUUAUUGUGAAACGAUUGACCGCUGUCGAAGAGAUGGCUUCCGUCUCGAUACUUUGUUCUGACAAGACUGGCACUUUGACGCUCAACGAAUUGACCUUUGAUGAACCAUAUCUAUCAUCUGGAUUCACCAAGGAGGACAUUCUAUUGUAUUCGUAUCUGUCUGCCGAACCCGGUGCAAAUGAUCCAAUUGAAUUUGCCGUAAGAACUGCUGCCGAAGAAAGUCUUGAGAUUCUUAAAAAUCGACCGAAUAAACACGAAAUUCCAGGAUACAAAGUCACCGCUUUUGUUCCGUUCAACCCGACCACAAAAAUGACUUCAGCAACCGUAGUUAAUCACGAGACUAAUGAAGCAUUCAAAGUAGCUAAAGGUGCGCCUCAAGUCAUUAUUCGAUUGGUCGGCGGUGAUGAUGAUGCAGUACGUGCAGUGAACAAUUUAGCCAGACGUGGUCUUCGUGCUCUUGGUGUUGCCAAAACUAUUCCCGGUGAUCUAGAAACAUAUCAGCUUGUUGGUAUGAUUUCGCUUCUUGAUCCUCCUCGUCCUGACUCUGCGGAAACAAUCAGACGCUGCAAGGGGUAUGGUGUUGAUGUGAAAAUGAUCACCGGUGAUCAAUUGAUUAUUGCUAAAGAAGUCGCCAUGCGUCUUGGUAUGCAACGUGUUAUUCUUGACGCUAACCAUUUAGUGGAUCCAAACAAAUCUGAAGAAGAAGUGACGCAACAUUGUGAACGUGCUGAUGGUUUCGCUCAAGUUAUUCCCGAACAUAAAUAUCGAGUGGUCGAAUUACUGCAAAAACGUGGUCUAUUGGUUGGUAUGACUGGUGAUGGGGUAAACGAUGCUCCUGCUUUGAAGAAAGCUAAUGUCGGUAUUGCUGUGCAUGGAUGUACGGAUGCUGCUCGUUCUGCUGCUGAUAUUGUAUUGUUGGCGCCUGGUCUAUCGACUAUUGUUGAUGGUAUUACUACUUCACGUGCAAUCUUCCAACGAAUGAGAUCUUAUGCUCUUUACAGAAUCACUUCGACAGUCCACUUUUUGAUCUUUUUCUUCUGCAUCAUACUUGCUCGUGACUGGGAAAUGAAGGCUAUUCUAUUGAUUUUGAUUACUUUGUUGAACGAUGCUGCCACACUUGUAAUUUCCGUUGACAAUGCAAAGAUCUCGAAACGUCCCGAUAAAUGGCGUCUUGGUCAAUUAAUUACACUUUCAAUUGUACUCGGUCUAUUCUUAACUGCCGCUUCAUUCGCCCACUACUUUGUUGCACGUGACGUUUUCAACAUUCCCGAUAAUGACCCAAAUGACGACCGACUAGAAACCAUAAUGUAUCUACAUAUUUCAUCCUGCCCUCACUUUUUAAUCUUCUCGACCCGUCUAUCCGGAUACUUUUGGGAAAGUCUUCCGUCGCCAAUAUUCUUUAUCGCAGUCAUGGGAACUCAAGUAUUCGCCAUGUUCAUCUCGAUCUACGGUCUGCUCACCGAAGCUAUCGGCUGGUCAUGGGGUAUUAGUAUCAUCGGUGUAUCGCUGGGCUACUUCUUCGUCUUGGAUUUCAUUAAAGUACAGAUCUUUAAAUACUGGUCAUUCGAACUCACCGCCACUUUAUGGCCAUCGAAAGAACGUAAAUCUAAACUUCAUGAUCGUCGUGAACAACAUGAGCAGAAGAUAAAGGUUCAGCGUACUAUCGAGAAAGUUCGCAAGGUUGUGCUUAUUUCUAAAGUGUUGCUCGCAUUCAAGUACGCAUCAUCAUCAGAGAAGCGACAAAUUAGAGAAAAGAUAUAA